CAUAUUACAUUAACCGAACAAUUUUUUCUCAUCUCACUUAUAAACUUGUAUAGUUUUCUGUUGCACUUUUCUCUCAAGUGUGUUAUGGCAAUUCAUGGAACAACACAUAGAACACAAACCUCAUCAACAAAACCAUCAUCAUUUUCCGAAACAUACCAACCAAAACCACCUCACGAAAAACUCUACACCGAUUUCAAAAUUUACUGGCCCUUUAGCAUUCCUCUAACCUCAGAAGCCGCGGCGAUUCGCAUCAUUCGAAACUUAGAAAAUCUUGGACUAUACUACACACUUUUCGUAUGGAUCAUACUCUUCAUAAUCCUCAUUCCUCAUCAUAAAACAUCAUUGAUUCUGUUUGUUAUAAUGACAUAUGUCAUAACCAUUUAUCAUUUACUACUAAGAGCAUGCCCCAACAAUAUCGUGUUUCAUAGAAGAAUCGAUAAAAGGUUUGUGUUUGGUUUGCUAGUGUUUGCGACAGUGGUGCUACUGAUUUUGACUGAUGCAGGGAUUCGUCUUGCGGUUACUUUAGCUUGUGCUGUGCCUUUGGUUUUGGUGCAUGCUGUUUUAUGGGUUAGUCACUAUGUUUUUGAGGUUGUUAAUGAUGAUGUCUGUUGUUGCUGUUGUAACAAAGAAUUGACUUCACUAGUUGGUCACAGUGAGUUUGAAGGUGAUAGGUUAGAGAAUGUUUGAUUUUCUUUAGAGAUGAUUUGUGAUUUGUUAGAGUUAGUUUAAUAUUGUUUAAGGUAGUUAGGAAUUAGUAGUAGUUAGUUGGUUAGUGGUUAUAAUAUUGGAUUGUGUGUAUCUUAUAUUGAAUGACUAUUAGAUUAAUUUUAUUAA